GAAGGCACCAGCGCUCUGUCAGCUGUGCUGAGGGAAAGGAAGGUGUGUUUGCUUCACGGUUUAGUUGAAGCACGGUUUUCAGGAGCGCAGCAUCGUGUCGCGCUGUCAGGGGGGCAUCGCCUCACCCGUACUUUCGUCCGUCUCGGUUUGCGUCUUCACCAGUCCCUUUCCUUUACACGGAUACAAGGUCUGAAGGGAAACAAAACAAGGUUUAUGGUCUUGGCUGAAGAUCUCACGAUGUCUCGCACCGACGAGGUUCACCGCUUGACCGAAAAUGUCUACAAGACAAUCAUGGAGCAGUUCAACCCCUGCUUACGAAACUUUGUUGCCAUGGGGAAGAACUAUGAGAAGGCCCUGGCCAGUGUGACAUUUGCUGCCAAAGGCUACUUUGAUGCUCUGGUCAGAAUGGGUGAACUGGCCAGUGAAAGUCAAGGAUCCAAAGACUUGGGGGAUGUGCUGUUCCAGAUGGCUGAGGUACACAGACAGAUCCAAGUGCAGCUAGAGGAGAUGUUGAAAUCCUUCCACAAUGAACUGCUCUCUGAGCUGGAGAAGAAGGUGGAGCUGGAUGCUCGCUAUCUGACUGCUGCCCUUAAGAAAUACCAGAUGGAGCACAAGAGCAAAGGGGAGAGUCUGGAGAAGUGCCAGGGUGAACUGAAGAAACUGCGCCGGAAGAGUCAGGGCAGCAAGAACCCCUCCAAGUAUGGAGAGAAGGAGAUGCAGUUUGUGGAAACCAUCAGCAGUAAGCAGACCGAGCUGGACUCCUUCAUCGCAGAGGGAUACAAGACGGCCUUGUCCGAGGAACGCCGCAGAUACUGCUUCCUGGUGGACCGUCAGUGUGCUGUGGCAAAAAACAGCAGCGCCUACCAUGGCAAGGGUAAAGACCUCCUGACUCAGAAGAUUCCGGUGUGGCAGCAGGCCUGUUCAGACCCCAACAAGCUGCCAGAGCGGGCCGUGCUCCUGGCCCAGCAGAUGGGCUCUGCAACUCUUGCAGGAACAAGCCCCCUGCAUACUUCCAAAUCCAACCUGGUCAUCUCAGACCCAAUCCCUGGAGCGCAGCCUCUUCCUGUGCCACCGGAGCUGGCUGUGUUCAUGGGAAGUGGAAUGGGCCACUCAGCGAGGCUGAUGGGUCCUGAUGGCAUGUCCAUGGUCAAUGGGACAACAGGAGUCCACGGAGAGGAGUACUGGACAGAUGGGGGGACCAUGUCCGUCUCUCAAGUCAGGCCUUCGUCCCCUCAGACCCAGGCACAAGGCCAGUCCCAGCCUCAGCCUCAGAGACAGGUCAGCGAUGUCUACUCCAACACUCUCCCUGUGCGCAGGCCCGCUCCUGCCAAGAAUAAGAACCCCGUGGGUGAAACGCGGACCCUGCCCAGAUCCAGUUCCAUGGCGGCCGGCCUGGAGAAGAACGGACGUGCACGUGUCCAGGCCAUCUUCUCCCACGCCGCCGGUGACAACAACACCCUGCUCAGCUUCUCCGAGGGCGAUGUCAUUACCCUGCUAGUGCCCGAAGCCCGGGACGGCUGGCACUACGGCGAGAACGAGAAGAACAAGAUGCGUGGCUGGUUCCCAUUCUCCUACACGCGCGUGCUGCCUGAGAGUGACAGUGACAAGCUCAGAGUGAAUUUGCAUCAUGGGAAAAGCAGCAGCACAGGCAACCUGUUGGAGAAUGAUGGAUCACUGCCCACACCUGACUACGGCCUGACCGCCCGGCUGCUGGCUCAGAGUCUAGCACAGACCCGCCCGCGCCCGUACAGCAUGGCGGGUUUUGGAACACAGCCAGCCAUCGAGGACUACGACGGCCGCUUUGCCACAACUGACAGUCCUGAUGGCAAAUUGAUUUCGACUGUGUGAGAACAGACAUACAGACAGACACAGACAGCUCCGGAUAGCACAGGGGCCUCUUCCUCCCCCACCUUUUCCCCUCUCCUUUUAGCCUUCUUCCUGUCUACUUACCUCCACCUCUCCUCCCACUCUUCCUCCUGCCUCCACACACACCCCUUCUCCAAGUGGAAGAGGCCAGUUUCAUGCCUCCUUUCUGUCCUCUCUUCCUCUCCGGGUCCCUUUUUUCCCUCCUUCGUCCUUCCGUCCAUCCUGGGUGCUGCUGCCGUUGCUGCUGUCGCUGCUUCUGCCGCUGCUGCUGCUCGUGGUGGUGACCGUGUGGACAGUAGCGGUUGGUGGGUGGAGGAUUGCGUUGAGCAGGAGAGCUCGAGCGGGCCCUACCUGCUCGGCAUGCAACAUUACGGACUGUGAUAACUGUGUCCCCGGCCACAGUCCACCAUCACGGACUGAUCUCUCAAGAGACUGCCUUUGCUACCGCUUGUCUUUCAUGCAUGUACAUGGUUGUGUCAUUUUUUUUGUCAAACUAAAAGGACAUGUUCAUGUACUUGUACAAGUGCCAAAAGGCUUCACUCUCAUCGUGCUCCAGCCACAGGCUAACAGGCCCGUGUUACUGAGUCUCCAAAAAAAAACAAAACGCUUUGUUCAAACUUAUGGCCUCGCAGCAGAUUACUAUGUCUCCACUCUGAGAGAUCCUGUAGGUGGCGCUGUGCUUCCUUGUGUCAGUGCUAGACUUGGUUUUUCUGUCCAGAGAGAGUGUCUGUGUGUGUGUGUGUGUGUCAGUCAGAUUUGCCUUACUUUACUUCUUUCUCUUUUUUUUUUUAAUUAAAACGAAUCAUUUGUGAAAACGGAGCUUCAAGUAUAUACAGAAUAUAUAUCUAUAUAUAUAUAUGAAAACCUAAUAUACAUUAAUAUAUAAAGUCCAGCAAAUUGUACUGCAUUUCAAACAUUGCAAAAACACAUUUCAAAGUGAAAAAACCUUGAGUCAAACAGCUCCACAGAAAGGUUGAAUCAAGUGCCAAAAAUGCAUCAUGACCGUGGGUUUGUCCUGCAGCGAGCGUGUGAUUGAAGGAGUUUUUAAUUUUUUUUAUUUUAGUGAAGUCUCCUCAACAGCUGCUGUGAUUUAGUUUAGUUCCCAUGCCCACCAGGGCUUCUUUGCAGAUCUCAGUGUUAUUUAUGAUUGUAUUCCCUGAGUGGCUCUGUGAUUUUUUUUUUCUUUUGGUCUUUUCUUUCCAAACCUAUUUUGUCCUUGUAAAAAAAAAAACAAAAAACAAAAAAACAACAACAUAUACUGUAUGUACAGUAUAUGGAGAAGAACCAUUGAGAAAACUACCGAUUAGUUGAAGUGUUUAUCUUAUGCAUGCCGUGGAGGGAAACAUGAAAAUGUGAUGACUAUAAAAUUUGACCUUGAAUGUAUGGUGACUUUUUACAAAGGUAUUCUCAAUAAAAACAUAUCUCUAUAUAUUAAUAAACA